CAGGUCCAAGUCAGGGAAACCCGGGAGUCGGUUGAGCCGCAUUCGUCCUCAACGGCCGAGUUCGUUUACUACUGCUCAUCGGAAAACCCUAACCCUAAACGUAUGGCGGAGGGGGGUCUCGUCGUCGCCAACAACGAAACCAUCCGAUCCUUCCUACUCUCCGCCGCCACCCGAUGCGGCGGCGGCGGCGGCGGCUCCCUCGGCGCCGAGCUCCGCGAUCUCGCCUCGUACCUCUCCUCGCAGAGCUCCGUCCCCUAUCGAUCCCUCCGAGCCAUUUGGUUCGCCAUCCCCGCCGCCGAGCGGCCCCCACUCCGCCGCCUCUUCAAUGGCGCCGACUUCGUCUUCUCCAGCCCUAAGCCUAGGGAGAAGAGUGAGGAGUUGAAGGAGAGGCUCAAGAAGCUUGCUGAGAUGGCGGAGAGGAGGGAGUACGCGGAGCUCGUGAAGGACGUCGCACCGAAGAAGGAGAUCUCCGAGCCGUUCUCUUCUUACAAGGAUCAGAUUGGAUUCGGUCUGCAUGUUGUGCUGAUGAUGUUCACAGGCUACUUGGUUGGUUAUGCUGCUUUCAGAGCCCUCUUCAAUCAUAGUGCAGUAAUGAAUGCUGCUGGAGGCAUCUUAGGGUUGGUCUGUGGCAUGCUUCUUGAAACCGUUCUUUUUAUCAUUAGAACUUCGAAUCGAGAUUUGGACUCUUCAAAUUCAAAUUCAAGAUUAAAGAAGCACCAGUAGCUGGCCACAGCAGACGAGAACUGGAGUCGAAUCGGAGCUUAGGGUGGCAAAUGGGUCGGGUCUGGCCGGUUUCGCAUCCAAACCUGGUCCAACCAAAUUGAGGUGAGAGAGAAAGGCCAACUUAACUUGGCGAAACACACUGAGUUUUCAAACUGCACCCUGGUAGGUGUCACAUUACUUAUUUUCUUCUUCUUCUUUUUUUUCUUCUAUGUUCUUCUAGUAAUGGUAACCUAUUAAUAAUAUCACAUGGAGCCCGACAAAGUACUGAUUAAAGUUGUGAAGUUGUGUGGGGGCCCCAACACCCAAUAACUUAGAUGGGUCCCAUACUCUCUGUGCAACUUAGAUAGUGACUACGUACCACUCAUUUUGGAUCUACGUACAACAUGUCCUCUGUUUACACAGAACUAAGAAGGUGGCGGACAACUUAAUUAAAUGGAUUGUGAUAUUAACAUGUUUGAGUUCGAUCACUUCUAAGUGGAUGUUUUGUGACUAAAUUCCAUAUAUGUAAUUACAUAAUAUCAAUGUUA